CUUCGACUUAAUUGUUGAGUGCUUCGAUUAAAAAAAUUAUUAUUUUUAUAAAAAAAAAAAAGUCAAAAUUUUUUUGACCCGUGAGUCGUUUAACAGUGCGGUUCACGAUUCAACCGUGGGGUCGAUUGGUUCGGUAAGGGCUAAUUGCAUGUUCGGUUCAACAUGAGGAUCGGCCCGGCGUGGAUGAAAGUUGUCGGUUGAACCGGUCUGAUAUCACUGCUUGGGAAGCACAGAAGAAAAAAAUGAGAGUGUGGGACUGUGGGAUGCGUCUUUCAGUCUAAUCUACGCCGCUUGAAUAUUCAGACUUGCACGACGAAGACAGAGAUGGCAGAUGAAGAUGAUGAUGACGAUCACGAUGAAGGCCACACAUUCAUGGGGACCGUCAAGAAUCAGUUCAACAAUCAACCAAAAAUAUUUCAUUUCUGCAUCAUCGUCCAGCUGAAGAAGUUUUUUGAAAGGCUUAAGGGUUGAGCUUGAUAAUGGAAAGUUUACGAGAUCUUACAAGAUCAAUGGCAAAACCAAUAGGCCAACUGACGUUUCCUCUUGAUGACAAUCACACAAGAACGUCAAUUGUGCAAUAUUUCCAUGGGAAAUAUAAUAUUCGGCUUCAGCAAAUGUCUUUACCUGCAAUUCAGGCUGGGAAUGAAACAAACAAGGCCAGCCUACUUGCCUAAUCUCCAGGAACUGAGAGGUUCAAUCCUUGAAGAUGAGUUUGAAGAUAUGAAGAAUCACUUCAAAAACAUAAGCAAUUCUUGGGCAGACACAGGAUGCAGCAUACUUGUGGAUGAUUGGGUCAAUGAGAAGGGUCAACACCAUGUUAAUUUUCUGGUGGAUUCUAGGGAGGGCACCUUGUAUCAUCAAUCAGCUGAUAUUUCAUCAUUGGUUGGUAAUAAUGUUGCCUUGAGCUUAUUGCUGGAUCAAAUGAUUGUGGCAAUCGGAGUAGGCAAUGUAGUACAAAGUCAUUGCGAAUUCGGUGACUUUUUGAACAGAGAGAUUCAAUGUGGAGUUUAAUAGGAAACACACGUCUGUGUUUUGGGCAAUGAGCUUGUCUUACUGCAUUGGCCUCAUGUUGGAAGGGAUUUUGAUGAUUGAGACUGUAGAGCAGGCCAAAUUUAUCACUAAGUACAUCCAUGGCAAUCCAGCAGUUAGGUCCUAUUUAAGGAUUUUUCUGAUAUUGAUAGUCUUGUCGUGCGUUCAAAUAUGAGGUUUGCAAUGCCAUUCUUAACAUUGGAGAACAUUGUGUACCAUGAGCAGAGCUUGAAGAGAAUUUUUUUCGUCCUCUUAAUGGACUGAAUCAUUUGGGGGUUCAAGCGAUGAUGGCAAGAGAAUGACUAAUCUGAUAGGAAAUAAGUCCUUUUGGAAAGAAGCAGAAUUGGUCACCAAGGCAACAAUUCCACUUAUCAAUGUCGUUUCUUCAGUUGAUCGGCCUGAGAAACCAUCUGUUUCUUACAUUUACGAUGCAAUUGAUGAAGCAAAGGCAUUGAUCAAGAAUGAAUUAGAGAAGAGGAUAUCUUUAUACAAUGAAUAUCGGACGUGAUCGACAAAAUAUGAAAUGAGUAUCUCCAUAUCCCACUCCAUGCUGCAGGAUAUUACCUAAACCCAUGUUACUCUUACGCCAGAGAUUUCUUUCCUGAUGCAGAGGUGGCUGAUGGACUAACAGAUUGUAUCUUGAAACUGAUAGACAAUGAAAACACUCGAGACAUGAUACCUAAACAACUUCAGGAUUAUAGACAAGCCAAAGGUAUCACAGUCUAAGACUAAGAGCGUGGGAAUCUGGCUUUGGUUUUAAGGAGGCUUGUGCUAUUCACAUAAGAGGCAAUGCCCCUCCGGUUUUAUGGUGGUAACUAUAUGGAAGACAUUGUCCUGAAUUGCAGAGAGUGGCAAUAAGAAUCUUAGGCCAAACUUGUGAUAUUGGUUCAAGUCAUUACUUAUCUUGCGACUUUUCGAACUGAGAGAUUCAACUUGGAGUUCAAUAGAAGGCAAAUGUCUGUGUUUUGGGCCAUGAGCUCGUUAUACUGCAAUGGCCUCAUGAGGAUUUUGAUGAUGAUGAAAGCCACUUAUUCAUGGGGACUGUCAAAAAUCAGAUCAGUAAUUCACCAAAAAUUUAUGUGCAUCUUUGUCAUCCAGGCAAGCACUACCCUUGGAAUAUGGCAGGAUCUGAUAUCUCGACCGAUGCUCGCGACUACGGCGUAGUAGUUGAUGAACAAAAGAAGAGGGUUCAGUGCAACUACUGUGCAAAGGAGGUGAGUAGCUUCAACCGUCUCCAGAGCCAUUUAGGAGGAGUGAGAGGAGACGUGAAACCUUGCACGCAAGUUCCUGAAAACAUCAGGAAACUCUUUUGGAACAAAGUGAAUGAGAGAAGGGCUUCACUUGUUCCUGCUUCUGGUAGUGCAACUAAAAGAACUGAAACGACAUCGUGGUCGCAUGUUGAAGCCAGUAGAUGCAUUGGAAGAUUUAUAUACGAAACUGGAGUCGACUUUGAUGUUGUCAAUUCUCCUAGCUUUAGGAGAAUUAUCAGUGCUACCUUCAAGGAUGGUCAGGUGGAGUAUAACAUGCCGAAUCUCCAGGAACUGAGAGGUCCAAUCCUUGAAGAUGAGUUUGAAGAUAUGAAGAAUCACUUCAAAAACAUAAGCGAUUCUUGGGCAGACACAGGAUGCAGCAUACUUGUGGAUGAUUGGGUCAAUGAGAAGGGUCAACACCAUGUUAAUUUUCUGGUGGAUUCUAGGGAGGGCACCUUGUAUCAUCAAUCAGCUGAUAUUUCGUCAUUGGUUGGUAAUAAUGUUGCCUUGAACUUAUUGCUGGAUCAAAUGAUUGUGGCAGUUGGAGUAGGCAAUGUAGUACAAGUCAUUGCGAAUUCGGCGACUUUUCGAACGGAGAGAUUCAACCUGGAGUUUAAUAGGAAGCACAAGUCUGUGUUUUGGGCAAUGAGCUUGUCUUACUGCAUUGGCCUCAUGUUGGAAGGGAUUUUGAUGAUUGAGACUGUAAAAGAGACUGUAGAGCAGGCCAAAUUUAUCACUAAGUACAUCCAUGGCAAUCCUGCAGUUAUGAUCCUAUUUAAGGAUUUUUCUGAUACUGAUAGCCUUGUCGUGCGUUCAAAUAUCAGAUUUGCAAUGCCAUUCUUAACAUUAGAGAACAUUUUCUACCAUGAGCAGAGCUUGAAGAGAAUUUUUUCGUCCUGUGAAUGGACCAAAUCAUUUCGGGGUUCAAGCGAUGAUGGCAAGAGAAUGACUAAUCUGGUAGGAAACAAGUCCUCCUUUUGGAGAGAAGCAGAAUUGGUCAUCAAGGCAACAAUUCCACUUAUCAAUGUCAUUUCUUCAAUUGAUCGGCCUGAGAAACCAUCUGUUGCUUACAUUUACAACACAAUUGAUGAAGCAAAGGCAUUGAUCAAGAAGGAAUUAGAGAAGAAGAAAUAUGUAUACAAUGAAAUAUCGGUCGUGAUCGACAAGAUAUGGAAUGAGUAUCUCCAUAUCCCACUCCAUGCUGCAGGAUAUUACCUAAACCCAUGUUACUAUUAUGCCAAAGACUUCUUUUCUGAUGCAGAGGUGACUAAUGGACUAACAGAUUGUAUCUCUAAACUGGUAGACAAUGAAAACACUCGAGACAUGAUAUCUAAACAACUUCAGGAUUAUAAUCAAGCCAAAGGUGGUUUUAUUGAGGGUUGUGCUGUUCACAUAAGAGACAAUGUCCCUCCAGUUUUAUGGUGGUCACGAUAUGGAAGACAUUGUCCUGAAUUGCAGAGAGUGGCAAUAAGAAUCUUAGGCCAAACUUGUGAUAUUGGUUCAAGGUAUCACACCAACAGGAGUGUAACUGACAAGUUGCUCUCGACAGGGAACAAUCCUAUUGAACAACAAUAUUUUAAGAAACUAGCCUAUGUUCACUAUAAUCUGCAGCUGAGGAAUGCUCGAUCGAGCACAUAUCAGUCUAGAUGGGAUGGAGGGAGCGAGCAGAUUGAUGAUUGGAUUGUUUAUGAUGCACAGGAUCAUAUGGAACAAUAUGAUAGUGAAUGAAAAAAUGAUUUAUUAUGAAUUGUUUGGGUGUAGCUCAACUUUGUUUUCCUUUCCUUUUUUUCUUUUUCUGUUAAAGGUGGGUAGAACUUCCGACAGUUUAACUAAUACCCAUCACAUAUGGCAGAAGACUACCGUGGUUAAAAGCUCUACCACCUUUUUGAAGUAGCUAUUUAUUUCUUGCUUUUGUUUCAGGUUUUCAUUAUGUUGUUCAUUUUUCCUUGACUGAUUAUUAAGAGAUUGUAACUAUAUUGUGGAGGUAUUGCCCUCCAUUGAUACUUCUCAUACCAAAAUUUACAAAGAUAUAUACUGUUGUUUCACA